GUGGGGCUCUGCUUCUUUGGCUGUGCUUCUCUCUCCCUCACGGACGGCGGCCCGUCGUCUAUGCCAUCUCUCACUCCAUUGGUUCCCGACAAUGCCGAGGUACGAGCACCGCCGUUGCAGCCCCUAAGAGCUGGAAAUUCGGGGAUAUUCGCGCUUGGGAGAUGGUAUGGAGUACCAUGGACCGUAACCCCAUUUCCUUCCGAAGAGAGGCUUCUCUGACUCGUAACUGUGGUCAGGCUCGCUCGCUUUGCCCGCCGAUUCGGAUCCGAAACGUGCAAAAAACAACCCCCAAGGGACAGUCAUUGCUUCGGAGACCAGUACGAGUCUAAGGAGUAUGAGGAAGAUGAUGGAGCUUACAUCUAUGGCGCAACCUCCCUGUAUUUAUCAUCUCGUCAAAUCCAUCUGUUGGUUUUUUCAUCUUUAGUCACUGACUCCUGACGCCAACGGUAAUUCGCAUCCGUAACCGCACCGGGGCCUCUCCGCCAUUCCCCGCUCGACCAACCAGCUUCACAUGCCCAUUCAUCCCUGCCAUUGAAAUAUACUUGACCCGUCAAUUCUGACCUUUCUCACUCUUUCAAUCCUUCAACCUGGCUUCCACAACUUCUGACUCGGCCACAAUGCCUUCCCUCACUUCCUCCACCAUUCGAGCUGCCUCGAAGCUGCAGUCUUCAGCUGUCGCCGGCGCUCGUCUCUCCCAAAUGCGUUCGCAUUUCAGCACCACAUCGCCCGCUAGACAAAUUCAAGACGCCUACAUUAUUUCCGCCUCGAGAACUCCAACUGCCAAAUUCAACGGCUCCUUCGCCAGCGUCUCCGGCCCUCAACUCGGUGCUGUCGCCAUUAAAUCCGCCGUCGAAAAGUCAAAAGUUCCCAUUGAGAAGAUUGGAGAUGUCUACAUGGGCAAUGUCCUGUCCGGUGGCGUAGGUCAAGCUCCUGCUCGACAGGCCGCCAUCUUCGCUGGUCUUCCCAACACCAUCGAAGCCGUGACCGUCAACAAAGUCUGCUCCUCCGGUCUCAAGGCCGUUGCGCUCGCCGCUCAGAACAUCCAACUCGGUCUGGCCGAAGCACAAGUCGCCGGUGGAUUCGAAAAUAUGUCUCGCACCCCCUACUUCCUUCCUCGCGCUGCCCAGAACCCAGCCUUUGGCCAUAUGCAGCUGAAAGAUGGCCUGAUCGAAGACGGUCUCUGGGAUGUCUACAACCAAUUCCACAUGGGCAACUGCGCCGAGAACACGGUCAAGAAGUUCAAAAUCUCUCGUGAGGCUCAAGAUCAAUACGCCAUCCAGAGUUUCGAGCGUGCCCAGAAGGCCUGGGCUGAGAAGAAAUUCCAAGACGAGAUUGCCCCUGUCACCAUCAAGGGCAAGAAGGGCGACACCGUCAUUUCCGAAGACGAGGGAUACCAGAACCUCAAGAAGGACAAGGUCGCCACCUUGAAGCCAGCCUUUGUCCGUGACGGCUCCGGUACAGUCACUGCCGCCAAUUCCUCCACCUUUAACGAUGGCGCCAGCGCCGUCGUCCUGGUCAACAAAGCCCUGGCUCAGCAGUAUGGAAAAGACAGCCGAGUUCUUGCACGCAUCGUGAGCUCCGCCGACGCUGCCAUGGACCCAGUCGAUUUCCCCAUCGCCCCAUCCAAAGCCGUCCCCAUUGCUCUCGAACGAGCCGGUCUCAAGAAGGAGGACAUUGCAAUCUGGGAGUUCAACGAAGCCUUUGCUGCCGUCAUCAAGGCUAACGAACAGAUCCUCGGCCUCGAAAACGCCAAAGUCAACCUCCUCGGUGGCGCCAUCUCUCUCGGCCAUGCCCUUGGCUCAUCCGGAUCGCGAAUCCUCACCACUCUCCUCCAUCAACUGAAGCCCGGCGAAUACGGCGUUGCAGCCAUCUGCAACGGCGGUGGCGCUGCAACCGCCAUGGUUGUCCAAAGAGUCGAGAGCGUCGAAUAGACGAGUCACAUGAAACCGAAACAAAUCAACUCUUUUGGGAGGCACGGGGCGGGGGGGGACGGAUGCCGGAUGCCGGAUGACGGACGAUGCAACUCGAAAGAUGAUGAAAAACCCACACAACGUCCCAAACAGUCGGAAAAAGGUGGAGACAGAAACCCAAUUUCCGAAUCUGAUUUUAGAGACUGGUACGGUACGGCACGGCAUGUACAAUAGGUAUAUUGAUGUGCCUUUGCCGCGAUUUCCCCGUUCCCCGAAUUUUGUGGCAUAAAAGCGCAGGAGUUGGGAAAUUUUUGUGUGAUUGAUAGCAAAUGGAUGUUCCAAAUGCAGGAGGGUAGUAAGUAGAUUACUACCCUUUUUGAAUGUUUCGGCAUCUAGUGUAUAUACUCAUACACAAUAUAAAGACACAAAUAAACCUGUCUAUAAACACAUA